AUGGAUCUAUCGGAUUUGACGAAUAUUCGACAAUCGUCAAAAAUAAACGUUUCAUAUAGAGGUUGUGAAGAAAUACGUGAAAUAUGUGAAUCUAAAAUUAAUUCUUUUUUUGAACGAAAUAUUGUCCUGUGGAAAAGAGUUGGAAGACCUUGUUCAUUUCCAUUAGAUGUAAAAGUAUCUCUUCGAUUCGAACCUUUCAAUCAAAGUGUGCUUUUUGAUAAUUCGAAAAUUAAUAGCAUAAAAUGGGAAUCUGUUGCUUUUCUACAUCUGUUUUUCAUCAACCCAACGAUGGUGGAAGAUUAUAAAAACACAUGGAGACAUGAAGUAAGUGAAUGGUUUGCCACAGUUAAUGCUAUCGAAUCGAGUGAAUGGAUCAUCGUAUUUGAUAGUACGAAGGCGAGAGAGAAAAAAACUCGUGGUGCUAUUCUUGAACGGAUGAAAAGCGAUUUUUCAAAAUUUAUAAAUAGGAUUGCUGAAAUUUAUGAUGGUUCAACUUCUUCCAUGAACGCUUUACAAAAUUUGGUACAGUUCUCUUUAUUUUCCGCUCUCGAUAAUUUUGCUACAAAUCGUGAAAAUAUGUUGGCAGAUUACAAAGAAAAUUUUAAUCAACCUAAUUUCAAUUUCAUUCGUCAUUGUGGUUUACAGAUGGAUUUAUCUCAUUUGUAUUAUUCUUUGGGUAUAAAUGAACAAUCUCUAGCUUUAUUUGAUGAAUUGGAUGCUCUUCUAUCAUUAAUUGUUUCACAUUACAGUACGAAUGAUUCACUUCCACAAUGGCUACAAGAGACGCAUAGCUUUAAUAAUGCAUGUCCACUAUUGUUACCUAUGCUAUAUUAUAAUGAACCAAAUGCUUCGAUGUCAUUAAUCGAAUUUCGAUGUUUAAUUUUAGCCAAUCAGAUAUUAAAUUCGCUUCGUGUUUAUCAGGACAGAAUUCAACAAAUUAAUUUGAAUGAUAUGCCAAAUUUGGAACAAAUUAAAUUAGAUUUUGCCGCUAUUUUACUUCGUUAUUCCCAUCAUUGCUUAUCUACUAUUUAUGAAAAUAUUUCAUCCUUGAAGCUGAAGUUUAAUCACGGUCAGGUGCAAUGUUGGAUUAUAGCGUUUUGUAUUGAAGCCAAUCAGUUAACAUCACUUCUUAUGGACGCAUCUCUCGUUCAACGAGCCACAUAUUCGGCUUGUUCAUUAUCGGUUUUGAAAUGUAGUGCGAUUGCGGAACUUGGCAAGAAUACAAAGGAUCAUUGUUUUCGAGAAUUUGGUGAAUGGUUUGAAAAUGGUGCUAAAUUAUGCGGUAGUCUAGCUAAUCAAUCAAAUGCAGUGGUCGAAAUUAGGCAUAUUGUGGCUGAUCGGCAACAAUUUACUCAUUAUAUGCAAAAAUAUCAUGAAAGUUCCAUUGCAUUAUUAAAACAUUUUAAUUGGAAGCGACAAGCAAAAUUUUUGAGUUGGCAACUUGCUAAUUUCCUUUUGUCAUCAGACAGAAUUGAAGGAGCAUUGCCAUAUUUACUAAAGUUUGUACAUAGUCUUAUAAAUGAAGGUUGUUCGCAAUUUCUUCUUAUAAACACAUUACGUACAUUAGUUAUUCAGCUUGAAAAUUUUCCUGAUUUAUAUUUAAAGGAACUAGUGGAAUUUUAUCUUAUGCUUUCUUUAAAUUGCAAAGACGAGAAAGAAAAAUUGGAAUAUUGUGGCAAAUUAUUACGGUUACUGGACUCUAAUCAAUCAAAGAUAAGGCUUUCGCCGAAGCAAAGUCAUCUUUUAUCGCCAUUCUUAGUUCAUUUACAAAAGUCCGCUUCGAAAUGUGGAUUGUCACGAUCACCUAACAUUUCUAUUCGUGAUUAUAUUUCGCAUGUGGUUGGAACUCCUGGAAUGCAGUUGGAACAGAAAUUUGAAAUUGAAAAUAAAUUUCCUUCACAAAUUUCUGAUUAUUGUAUGCGUGUAAUUUUUAAGAAGAUGCCGUCCAGUCAGAUAUUUUCUAAGCGCGUUGGUGGUCGCUUUCCACAUUUCGAAUGUUCCUAUAAUCGAUUGGAUAAUACAAGUCGUUUUGGUUGUGUUUGGAAAGGCGAAUGCAAUGUGCCCAUUAUGAAAGAUUCAACAAACGGAAUGAAUUUAUCAGGAGUGAUUGAAGAUGAUAUUCAAGACUUGUUGAUUUUUGAGUCUUCUAAAAAAGGUGAAAACAGUGUACUUGAACCUGGUCUGUCAACUUUAUCAUUAUAUGCAAUGGUUGGUUUCAUUUAUUAA